CUGGGAGUAAAGGUUCUGCUAAUUUGUCACUCCGUCCCUUUGGAGUUUGGAUUUGUUGUCGACUGCUGCUGGUUGUGACUUGUGAGUUUAGCUCCUCUUUUUCGUCUUCCCCCAAUCCCCCACACUGUCACUUACUCACUCUACUCGGCGGUGAUAUGGUGUAGGUUUUACGACUUUUCUCUCUCCCUUCUCUCCGUUAAUCGAGCUGCCAUGGAUAGAUACCAGAAGGUCGAAAAACCGAAACCAGAGGCUCGCAUAAACGAGAACGAGAUUCGAAUCACUUCUCAGGGCUUGAUCCGGAACUACAUUAACUAUGCUACCACUCUUCUUCAGGAGAGACAUGGUGAAGAUAUUGUCCUGAAAGCAAUGGGUCAGGCAAUCAGCAAGUCAGUACUUGUUGCAGAAAUUAUCAAGAGAAGAUUUCCUAGAUUUCACCAGGAUACUGCCAUCAGCUCUGUAAGCAUAACAGAUGUUUGGGAACCCAUUGAAGAGGGGCUUGAGAUUGUGGAGCAGACUCGCAAUGUUUCCAUGGUUUCGAUAACCUUAUCAAGUAAAGAACUAAACAAGAACUCUCCCGGGUAUCAAUCCCCAUCGCAUGCUGCUGAUAAGCGGAAACAUUAUAAUAACUACCAGCCACAGCUACCACCUAGACAGUCACGCCCUGCUUAUGGUAGUCGUGGUAAUGAAGAUUUUUAUGAUCAAGGAAGAGGUAGUGAUAGGAGAGGAAGGGGUUGGAACGGACGUGGUGGAUAUGGAAACUAUCAGGGGAACUACUAUAAUGGAAACUAUCAGGGGAACUACUAUAAUGGAAACUAUCAAGGGAAUUAUCAAGAGAACUAUCAUGGGAGCUACCAUAGAAAUUAUCAAGUCAAUGAAGGGUACUCAAACUGGGGAAGAGAUGGUGGUCGCAGUGGUUGGGGUUACCGUGGUUAGUUUACUUUUUAUUUUGCAUUUCAUGAUUUUCUCAAACUAGCUGUGUGCCUGUGCAUCAUUAUCAGCUUCUCAAGGGUAUGUUUGGAUCAUAGAAAUGCUAGGGAAAAUAUAAGAUACGUCAAGGAAAGUCGGUGUUCAGUUUUACAUCAGAAAAUGUGAAAGAAAAUAUGAAAUUUCUAAAUAUGUUUAGAUUUCAGUCUCUGUACACUAUAAAUAGUUACAAUGAGUGAACAAAUAUAAAGUAUGACCUAAUUAAUUUGAAAAAAAUGUUUUAUUUUCUUUACAUUUUUUAUCCUUAAAAAAAUCCUCCCUUUAGUUUUUCAUCUCUAUUUUAUUUCCAUGGCAUUUCUCAAGUUCCAAAUGGACUGUUGAUGUCUUAGACUCUUAAGUAUUGGAAAUGAUAUACUUCAAAUUUGUUUGAUGGCAUUGGGAAUGUAUAAAUAAGCAGUGAUAUACACGGUGUUUGCAUUUAUUUGAAUAGGGUCAGGAGGAUAUGCAGGCGGCGGUAGGGGCGGAGGUGGUAGGGGCUAUGGUCGUGGAAGGAUGGGCAACCGCGGUCCUUCAAGAGGAGGUGGUGGGUAUCAUGACUACUAGGCUUGCCUGGGUUAUCAUGAAUUUUUGGGGUGGCGUCACUUAUCUACUGAACUGCUAGGCGAUUUUUAUUAGCACCCAAAAAGUCUUGUUUCAGUGCAUUGCAUUUUAUGAAGCCAUGAAAUUCCAAGUGUAGCUAAUUUUUGUCUGCCUUCAUUUAAUGCACCACUCAUACAAGUGUGUAUAUGAUGGGUCAGCUGCUCGUUAAUGCUCAUGUUCCAUAUUAGUUGUUCCAAAUUGUACUCUGAUUUCCUAGUUCCUCUGAUUUUAUUAUUUAUCCUAAACUUUGGAAAGUUUUUCUAUUA